UCUCAAAGCACAGAAAAACACACUUCCAAAUUCAUCAACCAUGGUCUCAGGCAAAUCCUUCAUCUUUGUUCUUGUGAUUGUGAGCUUCUCCAGCAUGAGUUUGAGCCUAGCAUCACGCCACCUUUUGCAAACAAGCACAACACCUAAUUUCCCUGGCACUCCCACCACUCUUCCUAACCCAACAACACUUCCACCUUUGCCUUCAAACCCUACCAUGCCUCAGGGAAAUGUUCCUCCUGUGCCCAUUAUCCCUGCCAUGCCAAAUCUUCCAUCACUUCCUACCAUCAUGCCAACCCUCAAUCUCCCUCCUUUUGCAACUUCACUGCCCAACAUGCCAUCAAUUCCAAACCUCUCCUUCCCCUUCCUCUCCCCACCACCUUCUACCUCUACCCCUUAAACAUGUUCACAACUUGCAUUAUGUGUUUAGUUUUUCUUUAGUGUUUUCUCAGAGAAUAGUACUAGGUUAUGGCUAGGUCUUCAUGUUUUUUCACUGUGUUUUCUUACCUUCUUUUGUACUCAUCAGUUUGCCACUACUGCUUCUACUGCAACCUUUUUAUAUUAUAUGGUCUAUGGAUGUUUAACCACGCGUUUAGUUCAUAUAUGUUCAAGCAUUUCAUCUCAAAA